ACUUUCAAAAGAAAAGCAAAACAGAGUUUAUGUAUAAAAACAGUAUGCCGACCAAUAGAAACGAAUUCAUACCGAAUUCAUGAAUAAUUAAUUAUUUUCGUUUCAAAAAUAGCUCAUUUUAGGCAUGUUGUUCUUCCUUUUUUUGAUCAAGAAAAAUCGAUUAUUGUUAUUGUGGAGUAAUAUUUAUAAACGUCUCCCAUGGUACGGUCUGGACUAAUUCAACAACCGAUUUUUAGAGAUAGUUGUAAAAGAUUAAAAUCUGCAUCGUGGAGACACCUAUUUCUUGCCGAAAGUGAACAACGUGGUUGUCGAGAUGGAAAAGGGAACAAAAUUUUCCGAGGAACUCAUACAUAAAUAUCUGUAUGGCUACAAAACAGACAUGAGGCUUGUCUCUUCCGAAGAUGUUUUGCAUACUUUGCAGAAAGAUUUGUCAAGGAAAUGUCACAGGUUACCAGAAACUCCUCCACUAUCUCCAAGAAAAAUUCGAGUCCCAGACGAAGUAUCUCUAUGUACUUCAAGUGUGCCUGGGAACCUGUUCGGAGCAUGCGCAAUUAAAAGAAUACCACAUGGAACAUGGUUUGGUCCAUUUGAGGGAAAGUUGGUGCGAACGACGGAUGUGACUGAAGGAGUCAAUAAUGAAUAUAUGUGGGAGAUAUUUCACGACGGAGAAGUCAGCCAUUUUCUCGAUGGAUUCAACGAGAAUAAUUGGAUGUCAUUUGUUCGAUGCGCUCGUCAUAAGAAGGAGCAAAACUUAGUGGUGUUUCAAUAUCACGGUUGCAUUUAUUAUCGCACCACCCGCGAUAUUCAUCCUGGUAGCGAGCUACUUGUGUGGUAUGAUACCAAAUAUACCCAACUUCUUGGGAUACCUUUAGCUUGGAAUGAUAACAGAAAUUCCAACAACAAGAGAAAAUCACAAAACCAAACAGAAUCUGAUCCAAAUAAAAGAAAGAAGGACGCUACCACAUCUUUACUUCAAAAGCUAGAACCCAAACCGUCUCCUCGCAAAACAUGCGAUAUAGAAACGUUAAUCGACGUAUCAAAAAAGCUGGAGAUGCAAUCUAAAACUUUAUCCUUGGAUUUAUCCCCUACCUUACCAAUGAGAUGUGAAAAGUGCCAUUUUUCUUUCCAUUCUAAAGAUCAACUACUUAACCAUAAAUGCAUGGCCGUAUCCUGGACUCCAACCAGCCGUCUACCAAGCAUGGAUAAAUUUCGAGAGAAUUAUUUCAACCGACCCAUACAUGUGAUGCCGUACACAGAUCCUAUUUCCUAUUAUAACAACUAUUUUCAACGCAACGUAUCCAAUUACCAUUAUCCUUCACCACCAAUGGAUCCGCUGCGUCAAUUAUCAUCUGUAACUCAUAAGGGUGCCCCUAUAGCCAUAAAAAACUUUUAGAAACACAGAUAUAUAUAUAUAUAUAUGUAUAUAUUUUAUUAUUAUUAAAGUAGUUUAUUAUAUACGGUAAAGAAGUUUUUUAGGAGAUAGUUGCGUUGCAUAGAUACUAUUGUGCUUUUUUAUACUUUUGUUUUGCUGGCAGUUAUGAUGCUCAUAAAGUUUUAGUCUAAAGUGAGAUAAUUGACAUUGCUUCUAACCAAUUUAAAACUUAAAUAGUUUCCUUGUUUUACUUUCUUUAUAUUUCAUUUCUUCAUUUUUUCUGCGUUAAUUUUCUAGUUUUUGUUUGAUAUAUUAGAUUGCGGCUUUGUCCAUUGAACUUAUUGACGCGGCUCAGAAACUUUUAUUAGCUCUCGUGUAGGUAAAAAGAUUUGCAACGAAGAUAUUAUCUUCUUUGCUCAAUUUUAGUUGAUAUAGUGGUUUAAAGCCAGCUAAAUAUGCCAGUGAAAUAAGAACAGAUGGUGUUUUGACUAUAUUUUUUAAAUCAUGCUAAUAUCGUUGGUAACCUGCCCAAUUGUUUUCUGCAUAAAGCAUAGUGCAAAUCUUUUUGCCUAGGCUAAAUGUUACUAAAAAAUAUAGCUAUUGACAUGCAGCCAAGAAAAAAUUAAAAAGUUCAAUUAGUGUUUUCUAUGUUAUUGUUUAUUUUUAUUUCCUGUAGCUUUUGCUAUGGUUUUUGUUGUUGGCAGUGACGUUUUCGUUGUUGUUGGUUAGUUUGUUUAUUUUUUUUACUUGUGUUUGUUUGUUUACUAUUUGUUUUUGUUUAUUAUUUUGUUUGUCGUUUGUUAUUUUUGUUAGUCUCUUUGUUAUUGGUGCAUGUUUGGUAUUGUUUAUCUGUGAUUAUUUGUAUCUGGGGUGGUUUGUUUGUUUGUUAGUGUUUGUCGUUUGCUGUUCGGUCGUUGUUGUCAUCUGUUUGUUUGUCUGGUCCAACGGUUUUUGCUCUUUAAAAAAAAUGUUCAAUGGAUAGCCUUCUUGUAAAAAAGUCUCUAUUUUUAGUUAGUUUAAAACUUUAAUGUACAAAAAUUUCUAGUUUAUAUGUUUUCAUAUAUUUUCUCGACAUAUAUUUUAUUUUCAUUGUGUUUAGCUAUAGAAUAUAUUAUGUAGAUAAAUAGUAACAAAAUCCCUUUUUAUUAGC